AUGAGCAAUGUCGUCGUUGCCGCUCAUAUGGAAACUGAAGCGAUUACUGAACAUUGGUUUGGAGAAGAAGCUGAAGGAAGCGAUCGGAGUGAUGGACAAUGUGGUCAUGGAGAUGAUAGGGUAGAGGAGGAGGGAGCUGAUCUUCAGGCUUUCAGCCACUUCGUCGCCCCGUCGGCCCGUCAGCUUCAAGCCUUCAACCACGCGGCACUCACCUCACCACCGCAUCCAGAGCAGUGCGCCACUCACCCCGUCCAUCAAAGAUUGAACAUUGAAGUCGCCUCCUCGUCGCUCCUCGCUCCAGGUCUCCCUCUUCUCUGCUCGACGCUCGUCGCUCCUCGCUCCAGGUCCAGCCGUGCAGCCGUGCAGAUGAGAAUUGUUGUUUGUACUUCAGUAGUUCAGUUUGUUGAUUGUGAAUUGAUGGCUUCAUCAAAUACACCAUCAGAAACACCAACACCAACUUCUCAGGAACAAGGAUCAACUCCUGAUCCAACAAUUGGAACCCAAAAAAAUAGUAACAGAGGAAAAACUGAUCCUGCAUGGGGCCAUUGUAAACAAGUUUUAGAUAAAGGAAAAACUGCUCUGGUAUGUAUUUAUUGCGAGAAGCUUAUUAGGGGUGGAGGAAUUAACCGGGUUAAGCAUCAUUUGGCUGGAAAAGGUGGAGAUAUCGAGGCAUGUCGAAAGGUGCCAGCUGCGGUGAGAUACCAAUUCUCCCAAAACAUUGAAGAUCUUCGAACCAAGAAAAGGAAAACUCAAGAAGAAUAUGCAGAAAGUUAUGGUGCUUGUGAUGACGUUGAAAGGAAAUUUAAUGAGAUUGAACCAACACCUGGUGCUCAACCAAGUAUUAAAAGUGUUCUCCAAAGCAAAGAAAUUGUGGAGAAGUGUGAUAUUGCUAUUGCACGAUGGAUGAUGGAUGCCUCUGUGCCAUUCAAUGCGGUUAAUUCAGCUUAUUAUCAGCCGAUGAUCGAUGCUAUCGCAAAUAUGGGUGCAGGGUAUAAAGGGCCAAAUUACCAAAGAGUUCGGGGAUAUUUGUUGAGUAAAUUGGUUGAAGAUGUAAAGAAGAUGAUUGAAGGUUAUCGUGUGAUUUGGAAACAAACUGGAUGUACUAUCAUGGCUGAUGGAUGGACUGAUCGUUGUAGGCGUACUUUAAUUAAUUUCUUGGUUUAUUGCCCUAAAGGAACUGUUUUCCUAAAGUCAGUUGAUGCUUCUCAUAUCUCGAAAAAUGUUGAGGCUUUGUUUAAGUUGCUUAGGGAUGUUGUGUUAUUUGUUGGUCCUGAGAAUGUUGUACAUGUAGUGACGGAUAAUGCUGCAAAUUAUGUUGCUGCUGAAAGGUUGUUGAAAUCAGAGUUUCCUAGAUUGUAUUGGUCUCCUUGUGCGGCACAUUGUAUUAAUCUGAUGUUGCAAGAUAUUGGAAAGUUUGUGGAAGUGACUGAAACUGUGUCACAAGCUUCAAUGAUUACGAAGUAUAUCUAUAAUCACUGUCAUCCUUUGUACUUGAUGAGGCAGUUCACAGGCGGCCGAGAAAUACUUCGUCCAGCUCCAACUCGAUUCGCCACUAAUUUCAUUGCUUUACAAAGUAUUUUGGCUCAAAAGGAUGCAUUGAGAGCUAUGGUGACAUCUAGAGAAUGGACAAGUUCAGCUUACUCUAAAGAAGCCAAAGCAAAAAAGUUUGUGGAUCAAGUCUUAGAUUCUAAAUUUUGGAAUCAAUGCACUGAUAUUGUUAAGCUUACGGAGCCACUUGUUCAUGUAUUGCGUAUUGUGGAUAGUGAAGAUAGAGCUGCAAUGGGUUUCCUUUAUCAAGCUAUGUAUAAGGCUAGGGAAGACAUGGUGAAGAGGUUUCAAAAAAGAAAGAGGGUUGUUGAACCUUAUUUGAAGAUUUUAGAUUCACGUUGGGAUUUACAACUUAAAAGAAACCUUCAUGCUGCUAGUUAUUGGUUAAAUCCAGCUUUUCGAUUUAAUUCUGCAGAAUUUGACAAGCACAAAGAAACAAUUUCUGGCCUAUUAGAUGUGAUUGAGAGAUAUGUUUACGGUGAUGCUGAUUUGAUUACUAAAUUGACAAGUGAGAAGAGAAUCUUUAAGAAUGCUGAAGGAGACUUUGGGAGACAGUCUGCAAUACGUGAGCGAAGCACAGUGAUGCCUGAUCAAUGGUGGGAAUCUUAUGGAUGUGGAGCACCAAACCUGCAAAAGUUAGCAAUUCGUGUUUUGAGUCAAACUUGCAGUUCUUCAGGUUGUGAGCGUAACUGGAGCAUUUUUGAACACAUUCACUCAAAGAAAAGGAAUCGGUUAGAGCAUCAAAAGCUUAAUGAUCUUGUUUAUGUUCAUUACAACUUAAGGCUACACCAAAGGAACCGAAUGAGAAAGCAAAGUUAUGAUCCAAUUUGUCUUGAUGCAUUUGAGGAUCAUUCGGAAUGGAUAAUGGAAGAUUCACCACCAUUUUUAACUCCUGAAGAAGUUGAUGCUUUACGGAAUGAUCUUGCAAAUAUGUCUCUUCAAUCAGCUUUAGAUGAUUUGGAUGAAUUGAAUCUGGAAGAAGAUCGAGAUGAUGGUGAAGCUAAUAAUACUUCUGUGGAAAAUGCAAAUCAGAAUGAAACCAAUCAACAUGUAGCUCCAGAUUUGUCAGAUGAAGAAAGAUAUCCAGACUUUGAAGUUACUCCUGGGAUAUAA